GCCAAUGGUGUCCAAGACACGACUCGGCUGGAUACUGUACGGUCCCUGUUCAUCGGAGCCCGGUGCGAGGAAUUCUGAUUAUAGUGGUCACCACAGUUUCCACAUCCGCCCGUGCGUCAAGGAGGACGUAAAGGAACUGAAUGCAGCACUUAAGGAGUAUUUUUCGAUCGAGUCGCUGGGGAUUGCCGGAGCGUCAAGGUCGAUGCUGUCGAAGGAUGAAGAGCGCGCUUUGAAGAUCCUGUCCACCGAAACGCGGCUGAUAGAAAACCGCUACGAGACCGGAUUAUUGUGGCGUUAUGACCAAAUAAACUUGCCGAGUAGCAGAGGAAUGGCCCUGAAGCGUCUGGACUGUCUACUAAAGCGGCUGAAGCGAGACCCUGAUCUAGCGGCCGCGAUGUCAGCGAAAAUGUCCGACUACGAGGAGAAGGGGUACAUUCGACGACUUUCCGCUCAGGAAAAGGCGGAGAAACAUUCGAACGACUGGUUCUUGCCGAUAUUUCCGGUUACGAAUCCAAACAAGCCAGGAAAGAUUCGCGUUGUAUUCGACGCAGCAGCCAAGGUCAACGGAGUUUCCCUCAAUUCGUAUCUGCUUACGGGUCCCGAUCAGCUAACGUCCCUGUUAUCAGUCCUCUUCAAGUUCCGGGAGUUCAGCGUUGCCGUCGUUGGAGACAUUCGAGAAAUGUUUUUCCAGGUCGCCAUGAAGAAGCAAGACCAGCGAAGCCAGAUGAUUCUGUGGACCAGUGGAAAUGAGAGCGGAGAUCCCGAGGUGUAUGUAGUGACGGUGAUGACCUUUGGGGCGGCAUGUUCUCCAAGCAGUGCACACUACGUGAAGAAUCGAAACGCUGACCGAUUCGAGGAGCAGUACCCUAGGGCGGUGCAGUGUAUCAAGUACGAGCACUACGUUGAUGACAUGCUGACAAGCGUCGAAACCGAGGAGGAGGCGGUGAAGCUAGCUGAUGAGGUAAGAUGGAUCCAUGCGCAAGGAGGUUUCGAGAUCCGAAACUGGCUUUCAAACUCCAGUUAUGUCGUUAAAAGUCUGCUUGAGGAGCCAAUCGUGGAGAAGAACCUUAGUGUCGGUCCGGAGAUGUCAACAGAAAAGGUCCUCGGGAUGUGGUGGGACACUACAACCGACACCUUCACAUUCAAGUUGUCACCGAAACACGACGCGGAGCUGCUAUCUGGUGCCAGGAUACCUACGAAACGGGAAGUCCUCAGAACCCUGAUGACAGUGUACGACCCUAUGGGGCUCAUCGGUAACUUCCUGAUCUACCUCAAGAUUCUGCUGCAGGAGAUUUGGCGCUCCGGAUCUGGCUGGGACGACGAGAUCAACGCACGACUAACCGAAAAGUGGCUGACGUGGAUCGAAACUUUGCCGAAUGUCCGACAGGUCAGGAUUCCUCGCUGCUACCGUACUACGACAUCCGCUGAAUCCAGUAACAGCAUCGAACUCCACAUCUUCUGUGAUGCCAGCGAGAAUGGAAUGGCUGCCGUAGCAUACUUCAGAUUCGAGGAAGAAGGGAAGGUGGAGUGUGCUCUAAUCGGAUCGAAAACUCGUGUGGCGCCGUUGAAAUUUCUCUCGAUUCCUCGCCUCGAGCUGCAAGCCGCAGUAGUUGGAGCACGUCUCGCCGGCAGCAUUGUGAGUUCGCAUAGAAUCCGGAUCACACGACGCAUUUUCUGGACCGAUUCCCGCGACGUAGUGUGCUGGCUACGGUCUGAUCAUCGGCGCUAUAGCCAAUUUGUGGCUUUCAGGAUCAGCGAACUGCUCGAUACGACGGAAGUGGGAGAGUGGAGAUGGCUGCCGACCAAGCAGAACGUAGCGGACGAAGGAACGAAGUGGCAAAGGUUGCCGGACUUUCAGCCGGAAAGUCGUUGGUUUCGAGGACCAGACUUCCUACGAGAACCCGAAAAUUCGUGGCCUGGCGAUGCUGGAGAUCAAGGAACGACUAUGGAAGAGAUCCGUGCCAGCGUUCUACACCACCAAGGAACCAAACCACUGAUCAUUUCAUUCGAACGUUUUUCGAAAUGGAAGCGACUUUUGCGGUCCGUCGGAUACCUACAUCGUUACUUCAUCAACUUUCAAAACACAGUCAAGAAAACCACCCUAGUAAGAGGCGCUCUGACGCAGGAGGAGUUGAAGCUAGCUGAGAACACGAUCUACCGAUGUGUUCAGCAGCAGGCUUACCCGGACGAAGUUCGAAUUAUUCGCAGCCGAGUAAAAGAAGAUUCACCUUGGGAACGUACUCUACCGAAAUCCAGUGCGCUGUACAAACUGAAUCCAGUCAUCGAUGAGCACGGUGUUCUACGAAUGCGAGGACGUAUCGGUGCCUGUGAUUGGGCAGAUGAGGCUACGAAAGAUCCCGUUAUACUCCCGAGACAACAUCAUGCUACCAACCUGUUGAUUGCUGAUUACCAUGCUACGUAUCAUCAUCAGAACCACCAAACAGCGCUCAACGAAAUCCGCCUCAAGUACAACAUUCCUCGUCUCCGCUCCGAGUUUGACCGAGUCCGAAGAAACUGCCAACGGUGCAAAAUCCGACAAGCGAACCCGAAACCUCCCGCGAUGGGGAACCUUCCGCCCGCCCGGUUGGCAGCGUAUCAGCGCCCAUUCUCGUACACCGGAAUCGAUUACUUUGGCCCAAUGUCCGUGUUAGUUGGCAGACGUACCGAAAAGCGAUGGGGAGUCCUGCUCACCUGUAUGACUACCAGAGGUGUGCACAUCGAGAUCGCGCAUUCGCUGAACACAGACUCGUGCAUCUUGGCGCUGCGUAAUUUCAUCGCGAGGAGAGGCUCGCCCUUGGAGAUCCUGAGCGACCGGGGUACCAACUUCAUCGGAGCCUCUAGGGAGUUAUGCGAGGCAUUGAAGCAGAUCGACGAAGAACGUCUGAAGGUGGAGUUCGUCAGCCCGACCACCAAAUGGACGUUCAACCCUCCAGCCGCUCCACAUUUUGGUGGCUGCUGGGAGCGCCUGAUACAGUCGGUGAAGAGAACUAUGAACGACUUCGACCCCCCGCGUUUACCCUCGGACGAGAUUCUUCGUUCCAUGUUGAUGGAGAUCGAGAUGAUCCUGAACUCUCGACCGCUAACCGACAUACCGAUCGACAACGACAGUGAACCACCCCUCACACCCAAUCACUUUUUGUUAGGGUCAUCUAACGGUAGUAAGCCCCCGAUCAUUUUCGACGACAGACCGAUUGUGCUGAAGCGUUCCUGGAAGAUGGCACAACAGUACGCAGACACGUUCUGGAAGAGGUGGGUGAACGAGUAUCUGCCCACGUUGACACGCAGGACCAAAUGGUUUCAGCCCGUGAAACCCAUCCAAGAAGGCGACCUAGUGAUCAUCAUCGACGGAAAUCUCCCUAGGAACUACUGGCCAAGAGGACGAGUGGUCAAAGCGAUCGCAGCCCAAGACGGGCAGGUUCGUCGCGUGACAGUGCAGACAUCGAAGGGGCUCUUGGAAAGACCGGCGACCAAGGUUGCUGUAUUAGACGUUGGUGCAACAGGAGGUAAGCCACAGGACGACAGUGGCGUACCGAGGGGGAGUGUCACGACGGUGCAGAGUGACGCACCUCCCCAAUAACAACAACCUUCUCACUCACCAUCGAUACUUGCUGUCAACUGACAGCGAAAAGUAACACCAGGGUUUUAUGGAUCACCUUGGUCCGUUCGAAAAGCGCGAAAACGACAAAAACAAACAACAUCACGUUUCGUGUAGGGAAAGUAAAUCGAAUAGCUAGUGAGAAUAGAAGUGAAGGUAAAAUUAAAACUAUUUAGCGCAAAAGUGGAACAUUUAACAUUAAAUUACUUAAUCUAGAUUAGACUACCACGAUUAGUACGGUCGAUUGAAACAUUGCACGAACAAAUUAAAAAGUGACUGUUAAUUUAGCAGUCGUAAACAGUACGGAUCGUUGCUACUUGCGAGGACAGGCACAGGUACAGUUGAAGGACACUAAACGUAAGUGGAAAACAUUACUAUAAACACAAAAACGAAUGUUUAAGAUACCCGAACACGAAUGUACACACAAGUUAAAAAUCACUUAGCCUAAUUGGGGUUUCAUUUGUCUUCUUCAAAGGGAUUUAAUAACACAUCUACCAGAUAAUAAAGAUUGUUAUCGAACCGGAAUUUUACUUCUUCUGUCUGUCGUUCGCU